CCAUCGUUUGCAUUUAAUCCUUAGACCACCCACUGAGGAAGAAAGCUGAUGGGACUCUGAGCAAGAGCUAGAGCCCUGGCAGCAGGUCACACAGCUCAUCAGAACACUGACUGGCUCUCCUCUGUAUUAGUCUGCUCAGGCUGCCAUGACAAAGUGCCAAAGACUGGGGGACAUAAACAGCAAAGAUCCAUUUUCUCACGAAUCUGGAGACUAGGUGUCGGCAGCCCUGACCCAGUCCCUGAGCUGGAGGGAUGGAGAACUCCUCAGCAGCAUCGGCCUCCUCCGAGGCUGGGAGCAGCCGUUCCCAGGAGAUCGAGGAGCUUGAACGCUUCAUCGAUAGCUACGUGCUCGAGUACCAGGUGCAGGGGCUGCUGUCAGACAAGACGGAAGGUGAUGGUGAGAGUGAGAAAACGCAGUCCCACAUCUCCCAGUGGACAGCAGACUGCAGUGAACAGCUGGACAGCAGCUGUUCCUUCUCCCGAGGACGAGCGCCCCCACAGCAGAACGGCAGCAAAGAUCACUCUCUGGACAUGCUGGGCACAGACAUCUGGGCCGCCAACACCUUUGAUUCCUUCAGUGGUGCCACCUGGGACCUGCAGCCCGAAAAGCUGGACUUCACCCAGUUCCACCGGAAGCUCCGACACAGGCCCAAGCAGCCCCUGCCACACAUUGACCGUGAAGGGUGUGGAAAAGGAAAGCUGGAAGAUGGGGAUGGGAUCAACCUGAAUGACAUCGAGAAGGUCCUCCCAGCCUGGCAGGGCUACCACCCGAUGCCCCAUGAAGUGGAGAUUGCGCACACGAAGAAGCUGUUCCGGAGGAGAAGAAAUGACCGAAGACGGCAGCAGAGACCUCCAGGAGGGAACAAGCCCCAACAGCACGGUGACCACCAGCCGGGCAGUGCCAAACACAACAGGGACCAUCAGAAAUCUUACCAGGGGGGCUCGGCGCCCCACCCCUCAGGGAGGCCCACCCAUCACGGCUACAGCCAGAACCGGCGCUGGCACCACAGCAACAUGAAGCACCCACCCAGCGACAGGGGGGAGGCAGGCGCCCACCGCAAUGCCAAAGAGACCUUGACCAUGGAGAGCCCCAAACUUGAGGAUGCCCUGGGGGACGCCGGGCACAGUGGCCUCGAGCCCCCCCGCAGCCCCGAUGGCCCGGCCCCAGUGGCUUCUGAAAGGCUGCCCCCGCAGCAGCCAGGAGCCCCAGAGGCCGAGACAAAGCGUAAAGACAGUAUUAUCCCCGAGCGCAUCGGGGAGCGGCCCAAAAUUACCCUGCUCCAGUCUUCCAAAGACAGGCUGCGGCGGAGGCUGAAAGAAAAGGUACCGGAUGAAGUGGCAGUGGAGCCCACCAACCCUCAGCAGAACAAGAUGGACAAGCUGAUUGAGAUCCUGAACAGCAUGCGUAACAACAGCAGCGACGUGGAUGCCAAGCUCACCACCUUCAUGGAGGAGGCCCAGAACUCGACCAACUCUGAGGAGAUGCUGGGCGAGAUCGUCCGGACCAUCUACCAGAAGGCCGUGUCCGACCGCAGCUUCGCCUUCACGGCCGCCAAGCUCUGCGACAAGAUGGCACUCUUCAUGGUGGAGGGGACCAAGUUCCGGAGCCUGCUCCUCAACAUGCUUCAGAAGGACUUCACGGUGCGGGAGGAGCUGCAGCAGCAGGACGUGGAGCGCUGGCUGGGCUUCAUCACCUUCCUGUGCGAGGUGUUCGGCACCAUGCGCAGCAGCACCGGCGAGCCCUUCCGCGUGCUCGUGUGUCCCAUUUACACCUGCCUCAGGGAGCUCUUGCAGUCUCAGGAUGUGAAGGAAGAUGCUGUCCUGUGUUGCUCCAUGGAGCUGCAGAGCACAGGCCGGCUGCUGGAGGAACAGCUGCCCGAGAUGAUGACCGAGCUCCUGGCCAGUGCCCGAGACAAGAUGCUGUGCCCCUCAGAGUCGAUGCUGACCCGGUCACUGCUGCUGGAGGUCAUUGAGCUCCAUGCCAACAGCUGGAACCCUCUGACACCCCCCAUCACACAGUACUACAACAGAACCAUCCAGAAACUGACAGCCUGACAGCCAGGGGCCUGGCGGGCGGCCCGCGGGCAGCUGGGGCCCUGGUGCACAGGGCC